AAUGUAUGUGAUUCUUGCUGAAAGAAAUCCAGCCCUGACAAGAGGCAUCAGUUAGCAAGAGAAAGAGGAAAUGGAGCAGAGACAGUACUGGGAUUCCAGGCAGUUAUAGCUCUGAGCCUGGAGACCAGAAGAGACACCUCCAGGGUCUGCACUUGGGCUCUAAACAAGGGAGCCACAGCUCAAGAGAGGAAUCUAGAUUCCUGGGAAGGAGAGAGAUGGUGCCACACAAUGGGCAGCACAGACUAUGGGAGAGGUCCUUCGAAGUCCCCUACAAUGGAGGCAACCCAUGGAAGUGGCUCCUGAUCACAGCCUCCAUCCUCAGCUGCUGGAGCCAGCCAACGUCUGCUCAGGAUCUCACUGUUGUACCAGAACCGGCCAACGUGAAAGAAGGCGACAACGUCACCCUGGUGCUCCAGGGGGUCUCAGGAACAACUUUGAGCUAUGCUUGGUUUAGUAGAUCACCAGGAGAUUCCAGUGACACUGAGAUGGUCAUGUACUCUGUUAUUUACAGUAUGCAGACACCAGCCAAUAUCCGGCAGAAGGUGCUCCCCAAUGGCUCCCUGCUCAUCCCCAACCUCGUCCUCAAUGACACUAAAUACUACACUGUACAGAUGGUCGAUACCUUUGGAAAGAUACUUAGAGGAGGAGCCCCACUGACAGUGUAUGAGAAACUGGCCAAACCCAUGAUUGCUGUCAAUGACACCAACAUCCUAGAGGAUGAGUCUUUGAUCUUGACCUGUAGCACAGAAAAUGUGGGGGCAAAUAUUCGGUGGUUCUUCAACGACCAGCCCUUGUCUCUCCAUGGAAGGAUGAGCACAUUCGAGAAUAAUCAGAUUCUCCUCAUUAAGGGUGUGAAGAGGGAAGAUUCUGGGUCCUACCAGUGUGAAGCCUGGAAUCCAGCCCAUGCCAAGAGAAGUGAUGCCCUCACCUUGACUGUGAGCUCAUCUGAGUCUCCAGAAAGAAGUAAUGGUGCCACUCUCUCUGGUGGAGCUAUCAUGGGCGUUGUGAUUGGAGUUCUAGCUGGAGUGGCUCUUCUUGGGGCUCUCAUCUAUGUCCUCAUCACCAAAAAUACUGGAAGGGGCAAAAAACACCACCCUCGAGGGAAACAGUCAGCACCAAGAUAUGGGGAGGACACCACUGUAUAUGAGAACACUGUUCACCUAAAAGGCUUGGCUCUGCCUGCACAGGGCUUGGCCUCUUCCUCUAUUUCCCCUGAAAUCUCAGCUGAGAGUCCCUAUCAGAUGUUGGACAUCACCAGAGUGGAUGUUUAUGAAAAGAUCACUCCCCGGAAGAACCCUUAAGUCUAAGGCAGAGGGAGAAGUCACUAGUGAUGUUGUGAUAGUCCUUGGAUUCACUUCAUUAAGUGGAAUUGAGAGGCAUCUUUUGGGAGAGAAAGUUGAGAGAUCUAGGUCAGUGGCAAUACCAAUCAGGAGAGAGGUGUGAUGGAAUUGGCAAGUAUCCCAAUGAUGUCAGGGGCAGAGAGAAAGGAGCCAUAAGUAUAUGCCUACAUGCAGCAGCAGUUUUUAUUUUGGUGAGAAAUUACAAACAAACUGGGCAUUCCUUCAUUGAGACAUGUCUUAAUAAACUCUGAUUUAUGAA